GAGCGGCUUUCGCCCGCCUCGCUCUGCCCAGGAGAUCCGCGGCCGGCUGCCGCCGCAGCAGCAGCAGCAGCAGCAUGUGGAGCCCGACCGAGGAGGAGAAAUACGGCGUGGUGAUAUGCAGCUUCCGAGGAACUGUACCGCAAGGCUUGGUCCUGGAACUAGGUGAAACUGUCCAGAUCCUAGAGAAAUGUGAAGGCUGGUACAGAGGUGUUUCCAUUAAGAAGCCAAAUGUAAAGGGGAUUUUUCCUGCAAACUAUAUUCACUUGAAAAAGGCAAUCGUCAGUAACAGAGGGCAAUAUGAAACAGUUGUUCCACUUGAAGAUUCUGUUGUGACUGAAGUCACAGCAACACUGCAGGAAUGGGCUGUCCUCUGGAAACAGCUGUAUGUGAAGCAUAAGGUAGAUCUGUUCUACAAACUACGCCAUGUGAUGAAUGAGCUCAUUGACCUACGCAGGCAGCUGCUGUCAGGUCACUUGACACAGGAUCAGGUGCGAGAGGUCAAGAGACACCUCACAGUGAGGCUGGACUGGGGCAAUGAACAUUUGGGCCUAGAUUUAGUUCCUCGGAAGGACUUUGAGGUUGUGGAUUCAGAUCAGAUCAGUGUUUCGGACCUUUAUAAAAUGCAUUUGUCAAGUAGACACAGUGUCCAGCAGAGCACAUCACAGGUGGAUACAAUUCGUCAGCGUCAUGGGGAAGCUUGUCGUCUGCCAGUGCCUCAUCACUUCUUCCUUAGCCUGAAGAGCUUCACCUACAAUACAAUUGGAGAAGACACAGAUGUCUUCUUUUCUUUGUACGAUGUUCGAGAAGGCAAGCAGAUAAGUGAGAGGUUUAUGGUGAGGUUAAACAAGAAUGGAGGCCCCAGGAAUCCGGAGAAGACAGAUCGGAUGUGUGCGCUUUUCACAGAUCUCAGCAGCAAGGAUAUGAAGAGAGAUUUGUACAUAGUUGCCCAUGUAAUUCGAAUAGGUCGCAUGUUGCUAAAUGAUUCAAAAAAGGGGCCCCCUCAUUUACACUAUCGCCGCCCCUAUGGCUGUGCAGUAUUGAGCAUCAUGGAUGUACUUCAGUCGAUCUCUGAAAUAAAAGAAGAGAAGGAUUUUGUUCUCAAAGUUUACACGUGUAACAACGAAAAUGAGUGGUGCCAGAUCCAUGAAAAUAUUAUUCGCAAGUCCAGCACCAAAUACACAGCACCCAGCUCUAACUAUGGACUUAUAAUAUCUCUUCAGCUUCUUCGUGGUGACAUGGAGCAGAUUCGGAGGGAAAACCCCAUGAUCUUCAACAGAGGCGUUUCUGUUACCAGGAAGCUGGGUUUUCCUGAUGUUAUAAUGCCAGGUGAUAUCCGCAAUGACUUGUACUUGACAUUAGAAAAGGGAGACUUUGAAAGAGGUGGGAAAAGUGUGCAGAAGAACAUCGAGGUGACCAUGUAUGUGCUGUAUGCAGAUGGAGAAAUCUUGAAGGACUGCAUCAGCCUGGGCUCAGGAGAGCCAAGCAGGAGUGCUUACCACUCUUUUGUCCUUUACCACAACAACAGCCCUCGGUGGGGGGAAAUCAUCAAGCUGCCCAUCCCUAUCGACAGGUUCCGUGGGUCCCACCUCCGGUUUGAGUUCAGACAUUGUUCCACAAAAGACAAGGGAGAAAAGAAGCUCUUUGGUUUUGCGUUCACUCCACUGAUGAGAGAUGAUGGCACUACCUUGUCAGAUGAUAUCCAUGAGCUUUAUGUUUAUAAGUGUGAUGAGAACAGCACGUUUAACAACCACGCACUGUACCUGGGGCUGCCUUGCUGCAAAGAGGACUACAACGGCUGCCCCAACAUCCCAUCCAGCCUCAUCUUCCAACGCAGCACCAAAGAGACCUUUUCAGUCUCCACGCAGCUUUCUUCUACCAAACUGACCCAGAAUGUGGAUUUGCUUGCCCUGCUGAAGUGGAAAGCUUACCCAGAUCGUGUGAUGGAUAUUCUAGGAAGACUAAGACAUGUCAGUGGCGAGGAAAUUGUUAAGUUCCUACAAGAUAUUCUUGACACCUUGUUCGUAGUUUUGGACGACAACACAGAAAAGUAUGGUCUGUUGGUCUUUCAGUCUUUGGUAUUCAUCAUCAAUCUGCUGCGUGACAGCAAGUAUUUUCAUUUUCGACCUGUGAUGGACACUUACAUUCAAAAGCACUUUGCAGGAGCACUGGCUUACAAAGAACUGAUCCGCUGUUUGAAGUGGUACAUGGACCAUUCAGCUGAGCUCGUGCGCCAAGACCACAUCCAGGAGGCAAUGAGAGCCUUGGAAUAUCUUUUCAAGUUCAUUGUCCAAUCUCGGAUCCUUUACUCCAGAGCUACUUGUGGAAUGGAGGAGGACCAGUUCCGCUCCAGCAUCCAGGAGCUUUUCCAGUCCAUCAGAUUUGUGCUCAGCCUGGACAGCAGGAGCUCCGAGACUCUCAUCUUCACACAGGCUGCCUUGCUGAACUCCUUCCCUGCUAUCUUUGAUGAGCUGCUGCAGAUGUUCACGGUGCAGGAAGUGGCGGAGUUCGUGCGGGGCACGCUGGGCAGCAUGCCCAGCACCGUGCACAUCGGGCAGUCCAUGGACGUGGUGAAGCUCCAGUCCAUUGCCCGCACUGUUGACAGCCGCCUCUUCUCCUUCUCAGAGUCCCGGCGCAUCCUGCUACCUGUAGUUCUUCACCACAUUCACCUUCACCUACGGCAGCAGAAGGAGCUACUUAUCUGCUCUGGGAUCCUCAGUAGUAUCUUCUCCAUAAUCAAGACCAGCUCUUUGGAGGGAGAUGUCGUGGAGGAGGUUGAGAUGAUGGUGGAGAGCCUCCUGGAUGUGCUUUUACAAACUCUACUUACAAUCAUGAGUAAAUCGCAGUCUCAGGAGGCGGUAAGAGGGCAGCGUUGCCCGCAGUGCACAGCAGAAAUCACUGGAGAAUAUGUCUCCUGCCUUUUAUCUUUGCUACGUCAGAUGUCAGACACUCAUUUCCAGCACUUACUGGACAACUUCCAAAGCAAGGACGAACUAAAGGAGUUCCUCCUGAAGAUCUUCUGUGUAUUUCGGAACCUGAUGAAAAUGAGUGUCUUUCCUCGAGACUGGAUGGUGAUGAGGUUGCUCACCAGCAACAUCAUAGUUACAACAGUUCAGUACCUGUCCUCUGCCCUGCAUAAGAAUUUCACAGAAACGGACUUCGAUUUUAAAGUGUGGAACUCUUACUUCAGCCUGGCAGUUUUGUUUAUAAAUCAGCCAAGUCUCCAACUAGAAAACACCACACCAGCCAAGAGGAAGAAGAUUCUGGAUAAAUACGGUGAUAUGAGAGUGAUGAUGGCAUAUGAGCUCUUCAGCAUGUGGCAGAACCUGGGUGAGCAUAAGAUUCACUUUAUUCCGGGAAUGAUUGGCCCCUUUCUUGGUGUUACACUUGUGCCACAACCAGAAGUCCGGAAUAUCAUGAUCCCUAUCUUCCAUGACAUGAUGGACUGGGAGCAGAGAAAGAAUGGCAACUUCAAGCAGGUGGAAGCUGAGCUGAUCGACAAGCUGGACAGCCUGGUAUCCGAAGGAAAAGGUGAUGAGAACUACAGGGAACUCUUCAGCCUGCUAACCCAGCUCUUUGGGCCUUAUCCCAGUUUGCUGGAGAAGAUUGAGCAGGAAACGUGGCGAGAGACUGGAAUCUCUUUUGUUACAUCAGUUACUCGUCUCAUGGAGCGGCUGCUUGACUACAGGGACUGUAUGAAAGGAGAUGAAACAGAAAACAAGAAAAUUGGCUGCACGGUUAAUCUAAUGAAUUUCUAUAAAUCAGAGAUUAACAAGGAGGAGAUGUACAUCCGCUAUAUCCACAAGCUGUGUGACAUGCACUUACAGGCUGAGAACUAUACAGAGGCUGCAUUUACUUUGCUUUUGUACUGUGAGUUGCUUCAGUGGGAGGACAGACCUCUGAGAGAGUUCCUGCAUUACCCAUCUCAGUCAGAGUGGCAACGUAAGGAAGGUCUGUGCCGUAAGAUUAUCCAUUACUUCAACAAAGGGAAGAGCUGGGAGUUUGGGAUCCCACUGUGCAGAGAACUGGCCAUUCAGUAUGAAAGUCUCUACGAUUAUCAGAGCCUCAGCUGGAUUCGGAAAAUGGAAGCUACCUAUUAUGAUAAUAUCAUGGAGCAGCAGCGCUUAGAGCCAGAGUUUUUCAGAGUUGGAUUUUAUGGCCGGAAAUUCCCAUUUUUCCUGCGGAACAAAGAAUAUGUGUGUCGGGGCCACGACUACGAGAGGCUGGAAGCCUUCCAGCAGAGAAUGCUAAGCGAGUUCCCACAAGCCAUUGCAAUGCAGCAUCCAAACCAUCCAGAUGACUCUAUAUUGCAGUGUGAUGCCCAGUAUCUACAGAUCUAUGCAGUGACUCCCAUCCCAGACAAUAUAGACGUGCUGCAGAUGGACCGUGUCCCUGAUCGCAUAAAGAGUUUUUACCGAGUCAACAACAUCCGGAAAUUCCGCUACGACAGACCGUUCCACAAAGGCCCAAAGGACAAGGAGAAUGAAUUUAAGAGCCUGUGGAUUGAACGUACCACUCUGACCUUGACCCACAGUCUGCCUGGGAUCUCUCGCUGGUUUGAAGUGGAGAGAAGAGAACUGGUUGAAGUCAGUCCUUUGGAAAAUGCCAUUCAAGUGGUUGAGAACAAAAACCAGGAGCUGAGAACACUGAUAAGCCAGUACCAGCAUAAACAAAUGCAUGGUAACAUUAAUCUGCUCAGCAUGUGCCUGAAUGGAGUGAUUGAUGCAGCUGUUAAUGGGGGAAUUGCACGAUACCAGGAGGCCUUUUUUGAUAAAGAUUAUAUCACAAAGCACCCGGGAGAUGCAGAGAAGAUCACACAGCUCAAGGAACUCAUGCAGGAACAGGUACAUGUCUUAGGGGUGGGUCUGGCAGUCCACGAGAAAUUUGUUCACCCAGAAAUGCGUCCACUGCAUAAGAAACUGAUAGACCAGUUCCAGAUGAUGCGAUCCAGUCUGUACCAUGAGUUGCCUGGUUUGGAUAAACUGAGUCCAGCCUGUUCUGGCUCUAGCACACCGCGCAGCAACGUCCUGGUGUCGCACGGACCGAUGAGCCCUGAGAGCAUCAAGCUGGUGCAUCGACACAGCCCACUGAACUUGCUUGGUUCAGUCCGACACUCAUCAUCCUCUCUGUCGUCCCACACCUCCAGUGAAACAGGAAACCUGGUUAUCCUGACAGACAGUUCUGUGGGGGAGACUGCUGAGGACAUGUACCACAUGCAGGCAAGCCCUUCCACCUCAAGCCUGAGCUCUACUCACUCGGCACCGUCCCAGAUGAUUAACUCUGCCCCUUCCAGUGCUCGAGUGCUGGUGAAAGGUGCUGGAUUGACAACUCUGGAGGCUGAAGCCCUCUAUUUAUCCACAGAACAGAUACAGCAUGGGCGGCAGCCAUGCAAGUUUCCCCACGCUGCCCCCACCAAUGUGCCUCAUCUCUGUCCUGGAGGGACCACCUCUAGAGGCUCUCCCUCUCUACCAGAUAAGUACCGCCACUCUCGGGAGAUGAUGAUGUUGCUGCCAGCCCAUCGGGACCGACCCAGCAGUGCCAUGUAUCCUGCAGCUAUCAUGGAAAACGGACAGCCUCCAAAUUUCCAACGCGCCUUCAUCCAGCAAAUGAUUGGACCAUGCAAACCUUGCAGUGAUCCCAACCUGUCUGUGGCUGAGAAAGCUGUGCCAGCAGCGCCCAGUAGCUGGAGCCUAGACAGCGGAACCAGAGAGGCCCUGCCAUUCCUGUCUGCCCACGCUGGGAGCAUCUUGGCCCCACCAGUACCUCCCCGAAGCCUGCCCCAUGGACACUACUCACUGCACUUUGAUGCCUUCCAUCACCAGCUCAGUGAUGCUCCUCCGGCACUGCCUGCACGAACAUUGCGCAAGUCCCCUCUUCAUCCUAUCCCUGCAUCACCCACCAGUCCACAGUCUGGUCUAGAUGGAAGUAAUUCCACUUUAUCCGGCAGUGCCAGCAGUGGUGUCUCUUCCUUGAGUGAGAGUAAUUUUGGACAUUCUUCUGAACCACCUCCUCGCACAGACACCAUGGAUUCUGUCCCCAGCCAGGCCUGGAACACGGAUGAAGAUCUAGAGACACCCUACCUCCCUGUCAGGUACAGUCUCUCUGAGCCUGAUGUCCUAGAGUCGCUCAAAUCCCAGCCAUGCCGAAGCCACUCUGCUCCCUCUGGAGUCAUUCCUCAGGACACCAUGGACCCUCCUGCUCUACCCCCCAAACCUUACCACUCCCGGCUGCCAAACAUGGAGAACGAGGAGGGGAUGAUAAUUGAAGAUGAUGACAAACACCGCCCAUUGCAUCGUAAAGUGUCCCAACCUGUGAGUGGUGGAAAGGAAGAGCAGGCCAGGGUAGCAUGGGAGCAUGGCAUCAGUGAGCCAUAGGGACAGCUCCUGGUAAGCAGCCUGUAUCACUCCAGGUCUGACUACAAAGGAGAGAGAGACAGAGAGAGAGAGAGAGAGAGAAGGACUCGGAGAACAGCAAACCAAUUUUCUACUGCCGCAAGUUUAUGUCUGGAGCCCACAACAGCAACUGGGCCAGCAUGGGAGGUUGCUGCUUUCCUUUUUAAUUUCUUUUUACACCUUCCCAUUAUGUUUUUUAACUUUCUGCGCAGUGGACAGUUCAUUCCUUCUGCAGUGUCUUAACACAUCAGAGGGCACACAAGCCACAGAGACUUGCAGAAGCUGAAAAAUACAAUUUUAAGCAGAGGGGGGAAAAAGGGGAGAACGUGGCAAGCUGAUUUUGAAACUGCUUUCCUCCCAGUUCUGAGACGCACAUGAGUAGACGCAGUUGCACUAGGGACAUUUUCUUUGCUGUACAGAAGUGAAAGCUCAUUGCUGAAAUCAGGGAUUCUGUGAACUGUCAGGCUGGAAGGUGCAUGAGCUGCAGGCAGUGGAAGGAUGGCAAUUCUAAGAAGAUAUUGGCUCUUUUGAGAGCAGGAUUGUACAUAUCUGUGCAGUGAUCUCCCUGCAUUGGUUCAUAGGUGCUGAGGCAAUCCAACCAGUGCUGAUGCACUGAUUUCCAAGAUAUAAUUUCCAACAAACUCUGCCUCCUUUGUUUUUUAUGUACUGUUUGUUUUCUUAAAUUUUGCUUUCACUGGCUAAACCAACCUACUUUCUCAUUGUAAUCAUAUGCUAUUCAUCUGUGCUACAGGAUGAGAGGAGGUUAGUAGCCAUUGGAGCUGCAACCUAAUUGUAGGCCUUUCUCAUGCCCAACUUUGGGCAGGCUGUUGACACCAGCAUUUCUAUUCCAGUUUAAAAAAAAAAAAAAAAAGCAAACAACCAAAUUGAGUUUUUCAUGCUACAGCUGGUUGACGACCCAGCCAGUAAAGAAAAGGUGGCUUAAACACAUCAUAUCCAACAAUCCUUGCCUCAGGGCUGAACAUAAUUCUCACCAACUUCCAUCACUCAGGAGCUGAGAUUCAUUCCCUGUUACCACACUGUCCUCAGUCCCUCCCAAAAUCUCAUUGCAGCUGGUGUGCAGAAAGAAUCUCCAUCUCUCACAGUAGACAGAAAGCACUAAGAUACAAGAAAUGCUCAGUAUACAGUGUACACCCUAGAGUCAGGGAUCUUAAAGGCAACCUGUAAAGAAGAAAUGUCUGUUUCCUCUUUUGCUUCUUUAGAAUGUAUAAAGAAGCUUUAAGAGCUUCUUCUCUCUUCUGGAAGGUUGAUUUCUCCUCAGGCAGCAAUACAGCCUUCCCCCUCACUGCCUUUUUUUUUUAUUGAUGGGCUCCAGAAAUGACUCAAGAAUGUUUUAAAGAAAACCCAAACAAACAAACCCCAACAAAUAGAACUAUGCAGAGGUGAAGACGGUACAGAUCUAUGAACACAAAACAAGCCUUUUAAUCAGUAUUUGCUUAGUUCAGUACAUGACACUUGGUAACAGAGCCAAGAGCUGUUCUUUGAAAAGAACAGCAAGAGAUCUUUUAUUCCUAUUUUCAGUAUUUUUCAAAAAACUUUCAAUCAAGAGCAUAUCAAAUAUUCAAUGUUUUUAAAUAAAAAAGCAAUGUUCCUUACCGUGCCCACACACAUUUUAGCCUUCCCAGUAGCCCUUUGCACCUGCAGAUUGCAAAGCACACUCCAGGGGAUGGUAACAAACCACCCUCUCACCACUGACAAAUCUGAAGCACAUUCAACUAAGAGACUGACUUACCUCCACCAUCUAAAUUAGUGUCAGGAGCAGGAGUAGCACUCAAUUUUCAUAUUCAAUUCUUGCCCUAAACACUCAGUUUCUCAUGCUACAGGCAGCAUAAAGAAGCAAAAAAGGAUAUUGUAAAUCUUUUACAGGUCACCUUUAGCACUACCUCUAAAUGCAGUGGCUGGGCAGAGUACAUUGCUUCUGAACUCUCCUAAGGAUGGUCUGUCUGUACAAAGUCUGGACUCAGCAGUUGUAUGAAGGGGAAUUUAAGAGGAUUUUAUUAUUUUCCUUCUCAAGCUCUAGCCCAUGAAAAAAAUACUAAGUUAUGGAUUUGUUUCUUAAAUGGCCUGUUUGGCUGGAACAAAGUCUCUCUUGCUUCCUCUAUUUUGUUAUUAACACAGGCUACUUGUAAUCAUAUCCUUCAGUUAAAACAACCUUAAAAAAACCUGGCCUAUAGUGGGUGUUUCAUUUCUAGCAGGAAGGUGAGUUUUCCAAUACUAGGACAGUUCUGAAUGUUAAUGAAUCAAAAUGGACUUCUGGUAUAGAACACAUGUAUGAAAACUCAAAUCAAGAUUAUGUUUUUGAUAAAGGUAAGUCAAGGCAGUUGUUUAGGAAUGACUGACAUUCUUACAUAUGCUAUUCUCCCAUCUGACCGAGAGUCUCCAAGUGAAGUUUUUAAGAGAAAUAAGUAUUUGAUACCAUCUGCCAUGCCCCUUUUAUUUUUUUGGCAGGAAGAUUAAAAGCAGUAAGUGUAGUGACUUGCUGAGCUUUCUUAUUCCAAAAAACAGCAAGUCUUGCAAAUAAAACUUUGCAAAAACUAGAAUAUGGGACUGAGUCCUAGUCAGCUGAAAAGCUUGCCCACUGGAGCUCUGCUCAGUCUCUCAAAAGGUAUCAUCCUGCUCAAUUAUAGAGACCUGGUGCAACAGAAGUGAGUCCAUUUUGGGAGUCUGACAUUACAAUGGAUUUGUAAGGGUUUGAAGAUUAAUCACAUGAUGUAUAAAAAUACCCAGUUUAUGGAAGGUUUGCAUGGAGAAGGACAGAAUAAAUGGCUGAAUUUACCAAAUUUAAGUCUCUCUGGAGUUAAAUUUGUUACUGUUCCGAUAUCUAAAAUAUUCUGUCUUGCUUUCCAGUGCUUGCCUGAAAGGGGGCAGAAGAUAGAAGGACUAUUAUUAAAGAUUAAGGUUUUAUGAAUCUCGGAACUAAUACUUCUUGGUACUAAUACUUCUCUGUAGGGUGGGGUGUCUUGUAGCAUAACACAACUUCAACAUCAAGCUCAGUCCUGGAGUGGGUGGAAGCAACAGCAGUUGUUGCACUUGCCUAGCAGGAUUUGAAGAAUCCUUGUAUAAACCACAGCAACAGGAUGUUUUGAACACGACCUUGUCAUACUAUAUUUAAUCCAAACUUAAAAUGUACUUGCCUUCAUUGGGUUUUCUUUGAGUAACCACAUAGCAUGUGCAUUCCUGGGAAAAUUGGUGGAAUUCUGCUACAAAUCUCUCCAUAAUCACUGUACCUGCUGGCCCCUUCAGAAACAGAAUUGAGAAGGAACCACAGUAGUAGAAGAAAAGCAAUUAAACAAUUUAUCUGAAUCCUACUUCCCCCCCCCCAGUAGUUGGGUUGGUUUUAUUACUGUGUGCAAGACUAAGAUUCUUUUCCAUUUUUUCCUCUGUUUGCCUUUUAGAUUAUUUACCCUUUUUUGGGUAAGGGAUAUUGUAUAUCCCUUUUGUGGGAGAAUCAGCCAAAACUGGGGAGGCUGGAGAGAACAAGAGCCUUUGGGAAACAAAUUAUGAGAUAUUUAAAUUUUCCUCUGAUCAUGCUUCUCUGUAAAUAUCCCCAUUUGAAUGCUGUGUAUUUGUACAGGAAAUUGAGCAAAAAAUGUAUAGAUUGUGAUGUCUGACUGGUAUUCUGCCCUGUAAAUGUGUUUUUAACCUCUGGCAUUCUGUGCUUAUUUAAAAAAGGCAAAAACCUCUAACCACUUCUCUUUUGUGUAUUCAUGUUUGAAACAAAAUUAAAACAGCUAUCUUAUCUAUAAUGGAAAUCAAAUUUAAAAGGAAAAAAGUAAUUUGUACAAGUGUCCUAAAGGUACUUCAUUGUAUAUAUUGUGAUAGCAUGUUUCCAGAACCAACAAAUAAGUGGCGUGAAUUUUAGAUGUAAAUAUCUACCGUUUGUUUGGGGUUUCUUUCCCUUAUCCAUUCACUCAACUGCUGUGAUGUGGAAUUAAAGAUUAAUACCUGAUAUUAAA